AAGUGCUCGUUCCGGGUGUGCGCCAUCGCUUGCGGAACUCUCUCGUGCGAAGGCGUCGCGCUUGAGAGCCAAGUGGCCUGUGCUUCUACUACUACAUACGAUUGAUCCUGCCACGUGGCGGUCGUACAUAAAGAGGGAUUUGAUGGGCAGCGGGGGAGGUGGUGCAGACGGAUACGAAUCCGCGAAAAGGCAGCGAAUGAUGGACCCAGGGACGUUCUUUUCACCGCAGGGAAUGGGUAUGGGAUAUCAGCCCCAAUUAGCCGCGUCAUUCUUUGCACCUCGGACGUUUCCCGUAGUUAAGUUGCGCGGACUGCCUUUCAACUGCAACGAGAAUGAUGUGAUUGAUUUCUUUGCGGGCCUGGAUGUCGUAGAUGUGCUUCUAUCGCAUAAGGGGGGGAGGUUUUCUGGGGAGGCCUUUGUCGUGUUUGGAGCUCCCAUGCAAGUAGACUUCGCUCUGCAGCGGAAUCGACAGAACAUGGGGCGGCGCUACAUUGAAGUGUUCCGAAGCAAGAAGACGGACUACUAUAGUGCUGUGGCUGCUGAGGUCUCUGAAUCUCAAUCAGAAAACCAUCAUCCUAGUGCUGCCCCUGGCACCCUGCCUGUUGGUGCUGUUAGCAGCAGGCCACCUGGUCCUGACAAGGAGCAGAUGGAGCACACUGGAGUGCUGAAGCUGCGUGGACUUCCAUUUUCUGCUUCGAAGCGGGAUAUCAUGAACUUCUUCCAGGACUUCUCGCUUGUGGAGGACAACAUACACAUCGUGUUGCAUAGCGACGGCCGGGCCACGGGGGAAGCCUAUGUCGAGUUCUCGGGCCCAGAGGUUUCCAAAUCUGCCAUGUGCAAGGACCGGAUGAUGCUGGGAAAUCGGUACCUCGAGUUGUUCCCCUCAUCACGCGAGGAAGCGACACGGGAUGCAACACGAGACGCAACGCGGACCAAGAUGUGAAUAAUGUUUACCUUUCCCUCUGCGGGGAAGUGGCGGCUCCUGUUUUGAUGCCAUGAUCCUUUUGGAUGUCAGUUGGAAGAGCGUUGCUGAAUCUAUAUCUAUUAGACACAGCCGAAGGGCCUUUGUCGUCUGAGAGAGAGAGCUGUACUGAGACUCCGUAAAAUAGGGGGAGUGAGGGACAUGGGGGAUGGAAGGGAGGGWGAAAAGAGAGGAGGGGGGGCGGGGGGSGGGGGGGGGGAGAGGUAGCAGAGGGUGAUGGCAAGGGUGUGGUGAUGGUCUCUUCUAGCUUUCAGGGCUUCAGAAGUCGGAGUUUGUCAUACUGGGCUUUUUGUCCGUCCAAUGAACAGGCGAAAUUACCUUCUGUAGGAUUUCCAGGGGGAAACGGUGGGGUGAAAGGGGGUUGCCAUGGGGUAUUGUGUUUGAUUUUGUUUUGUCCACUACCUAUCAUCGAGGUGUCAAGGCGUUCCAGAGGCAGUAGGUUUAUUGGUGGUUCACAUGCCUAGCUGUGCGUUGAUGCUCUAAUUGUCGGCAGCAGCAGUAGCAAAUGAAGCAGCGAUCCGGAUUCGAGGUUCAUGUGAGGUUGGUGAAGAAUGCUCUCCCCGGCAAUUGUAGCUAGCGUGGAGAUGAAUAGUCUUUGUUCAAUGCCUCCGUGUAUGCGUCCUUUGUUCAACGUCUCCGUGUCUCCGUCGGCUGUUUUGAUUUUUUAGUGUGGCCGUAGUUACUGAUCUAGUCUUGUGCUGUUUACAGGCUCGCCUGUUUUGUAUGAUUUGCAAGGUAAUUAAAUCUUUGAUGACUUUCAUAUUUUGCUGAAUGCUGCUUGUGGAAUGAAAGAUUGUUCAGUGA